AUGUCAAAAAAACGACCUUCUAGUUUUGAUCGUGCGGAGCAGGAAAAUAAGAUAUUUGAGCUUUUUUCAAAGUAUCGAAACCCAGUUGAUCAUCAAUCAGCUACGCCUUCAAACAUUCGUCCCGUCUCGGCAACGGAAGAAACAACGGUAACGAUUCUGGUACCUAAUGCCGAAGAAUAUAAUUCGGGAUAUAACAUUGAAAACAUCGGCUCUAGCAAAAAUAGAAACAAAAACAAAAAUAAAGACACGAACAAAAAUAAAGACAAUAAUAAAAAAAACGACAAAGACAUAGAGAGAGCCAACAUCGGAAUUAGUCAUCAUUAUCAAUUUCAAGGCUCUCUAUUUGACUAUUAUAAUGCAACUAUUCCAAUUGAUCAUCUUGAUUAUGGUCACUAUGCAGGUAGUGAAGCAUAUAUAGUAGAGCAAGAGUGUGACGGAGUUGGGGGAACAUGUGAGAUUGGAGGUUCCUUCAGCACGUCUGCUAAUGCAAGUGGUACUUUUUAUCCAUCUCGCACGACUAACUUUAUUUCAAAUCAAGUUUUACAACCACCUUUGAAUUUCACUACUCCAGUUGGAAUUCAUACUAGUAAUACACAUGCACCUGCUGAUGCCCUAUUCCAUCCAGAGAAAAAUCCUUUGAGUUAUGGAAGCUUCUUGGCCAAUAACCACUUUUGUUUAGAUUCUCUCGAAGUACCAGUCUUGCCUUACAGCAACACCAACACCAACACCAACACCAUUAUAAACAGUACACAGAAUAAAAACAAAUCUCUAGACCCUGAGUUAUUGGCGUAUACAAACAAACAAAUUUUCACUGAGUCACGUUCCUUAUUAAACUCAUCUCAUAUCCAAAUGGAAAGUAUAGGUACACAACAAUCUGUGCCGAAAGAUUUAUCUUCUGUCGCAGCCGCCAAAUUAAGUUCCAAUAAUCCUUCAGCGUCAACUUUAACUGGAGGACGAGGAGCAUCCUCGUCACCUGCAUCUAUCAGUCCAGGAACAACCACCACAGCUGCCAUCGAGAAGGUAAAGAGGCGAAAACACAAGAAUUCCAAACUAGGAUGCCCCAAUUGCAAGAAAAGACGUGUUAAAUGCUCAGAGGAUUUGCCUUCUUGUAUCAAUUGCAUCAAGCACAAAGUGAAAUGUGGAUACCUCGAUUAUACAGAGGAACAAUUAAAGGAGCUAAGAGAUGCAAAACAACAGAAUGCACUGUCAAGUUUACAAAGAAGUCGACUGCUGUCGCAAAGUCAAUACCUCCCUGUUAAAGCAGAGUCAAGUGAUUCGGAUGAAGAAAAAGAUCUUCUGCGAACGGCAUCAAAUUCAAUGCCCGUGUCAUUGUCAACAUCUACAUCAGCAUCAACAUCAGCAUCGGCAUCGGCAUCGGCAUCGGCGCCGGGGGCAUUCAUUUCAAGCUCGGGCUCCGGCUCAGGCUCUGCAACGUCAUCAUCUAGUGCUGGCAUGAACAAGGUUCAAAAACCGAAAGGCAAACGACAGUCAUCGGCAUCUACUAUUUCCAAGUCCUCGGAUUUUUCUAGCAGACUCUCGCUCAAUAAAAGAUCAACUAGCUUAGGUGAUUCACCCUUGGGGCGACGCGACGAUGAAGAUGAUUUUAUUGCGAGUACAAGAGAAAAGUUGAAAAUACGUCGAAGCAAUGCUGGCCAGAUCAUCACGCAGAACUUUGAUAACUUGCUUCCAAUGGAAGCUGAGAAUGAGGUUAUAUACCCAGUCUAUGAAAUGACGACAAGUGCACAGGGAACCCCGCACCUAAAUUCUCGACCUUUUCUACAUAAGCAAUCAUCUGGUUUAGCCGGAGCAAUUAAUCAAAAGGUCACAUUUAGAUACAAAAGAGAUGUAAAGAAAAUUAAUUAUGAGCAAGAGCUUUUGCACUUGUUGAAAACUAUGGGCCCACUUGUUCAAAGAGGACAGGCAUCGCUACCACAAAUUAGAAAUUUGUAUACCACGUGGCUCAAUUCAUUCAUCUACAAAGGUUAUACAAGUUCAUUAAUGUUCAAUUGUCUUUUGAAUUUGAAUACUAAUUAUUUGAUCACGAAUUGUUUUACUGACUCAUACAAAUACUACAGUAGUGAUGGGGAAAUAGCGCUGAUAGCACGAGGUAUUCAGUUGGCCAAGGCUAGACAGACUUGUUUGGUGAAGUCCAUCAACUAUUAUGCCGAAGUUAUUAAAGAGUUACGAGGAAUGUUGAGCACAAAUCAUGAUCCUGAUACAGCUGGAUCUGUAUCGUAUAUCUUGAGCCUCAUGUCGGUUUAUGACCCCGAAAGUUCAUUGAAUUCGACAACUUGUUUUAUAGACGGUCUUUUUGGUGUCUUGGCUUAUAACAUUAAUAUUCUGGCAAAAUCGGGUAUUGCUCCCAUCUUAGUUCCAAUACACUUGAAGUUGAUGACAAAUGUUGCAAUGUCAGUAUAUUUACCAGGAUAUAAUCCUACUUUUCUUUAUGAGUGCCGCCAACUCUUGACCAGAUUUGGCGAUAUCUUAUUACCCAUGAUUGAUGCUUCAAGGGCUACCUCCAGUUCUAGAGAUUACCUUAUACAUCAAUUUCUUGAAAUCAAGUAUAGGGAAUUGUUUAGUUUUGUUAAUGAGGCCAUUGACUAUUAUAUUCCGCAUUUGAAUGCCAAUUUGGCAGACAUGGAGUUGCAGCAACAAUUGCUUUAUGAAAUGAUUAUGAAAUGGGUGCGGAUAUUCCCCGGUAAAUUUAUUGCCAACAAAAAAGUUCAAGGACCAAUGGAGAAAAUGUUGUAUUUAUUCUACAAAGCUUUCAAAAAGGCGUUUUUCGCUGUGUGUCCGCAGAUUAAAUUUUUUUUCCUCCGAGAUUUUGAUAGUCCUUUGAUGAUGGAUGUGUUUGCCAGUCAUGAUGAUUAUGAUAUUUAUAACAAUGACAUUGAAUCACCAACCACUCGAAGAUUUAGUGACGAUGUCUAUAUGCCCUAUGUAGGGGAGCUAAAGUAUAUGGCAUCAUAUUUGAUUCGUCUUAUAACAUUUUUUCAAAUGAGAUUAAGUAUAUUGUACCGAUUCUUGAUGAUUGAUAUGUCAACAAACCACGAUUUUAAAUACACUGAAGUGAACCAAUGGAGAAGAGGUAUCACCGAUAUUAUGGCAACGAGAAGAGAAUUUAUCGAGAGGGCGGGGGUUAGGGAAGUAUACAUCACGAUGUUUUCCAAACAGUAUUUAAGAAAAUUAAAUUACCCUGAAAUGACAGUUGGGUACGAGAUAGAUGCCGAUGAGUUGAUGGAAUCAACCACCAUUGACGACGGUGUAAUCGACAUUAUGAGCUUGCAACCUUCUGGAUUGUUGCAAAGUGAUUAUGAUAUCAGAGUACAAAAAUGA